AUGAGGUGCGGCGUCUCCUCCAAUCCAGCCUUUGACGCUGCCUCCCAGCCAGGACCAGCCCCAGCCCCUGGCCCGGUGCCCGUCCGUAUUUGUUCUCAUUCGGAUCCCACAACCGGCCACCGCUACUGCGACAUCCCCAAUAUUGGCGCCGUCCUCAGCGAACCUGAGCUCGGCAUGCACGAGGAGGACGAGAAACUGCCUGACUGCAACAGCGACGACAACAGCGAGUCCGUCAGCGGUGACAAGGGUUUCUCAAAUCCUUUCUUCGACCAGCCCCGAGACGCACUCACAGGCCACUUUCCCGCGCCGGCUGCCCCCUUCCCGGACCAGAACCAGCCUUAUAAUCCAUUCGCAAACAAUCCUUACUUGACGCCUGCCUUCAUCAGCAACAGGGUGGAGCCUCUCACGCCUACCCACGUCCGCGAGUACCGCGGGACCAUUACGUCCCCCAACAAGUUUCUGGAGCGCCUCUCCGUAGCCCGCGCGCCCAAGACGCCCACCGUAGUGCCGCCCCCCUCCGCCAGCCGGCCCGAGUACGUCCCCCGGCGCAACCACUUCAAGGAGGACAGCAUGGCCAACCCCUUCCAGUCGCCCGACAAGGCCUCGACUCCAUUUGGAACGAGCUCCCACACCAUGUCUUACAGCCGCAUGGCAAGCACCCUCUCCCCCCUUCCGAGCUCGCCACCGACCAAGCGCAAGUCCUCGAGCAGCCUGAGCGAAUCCUCUUUGCACGCGUCUAACUCGCCCGCUCCCUUUCGAGACACCCCGUACAAGUCGCGCGCGGUUCGGCCCAAGAUCGAGGAGGAGGACGGGAUGGACAAGUCGGCGGACGAGGACGGGCUCCUCACAUACUCCCCCUCGGUCGCUGCGGCCAAGCGCAAGUUGGAGCAGGACGAGUCGGAUGACGAGUCGCCCGACGAGUCGCCCGACGAGCUGUUUGUGCGCUCCCGCUCAGCCGCGGCUAUCCAGCGCGCGCGGGCCUCCAACAGCCCUUAUUUCGUUGGCCCCGACGACGGCGACAGUGACAACGAGGAGUGCGGCGCCUCGGACAAGGAGAACCAGCCACUUGCUGUCUCUGACGCUGCCACCGCUCUCAGUGAUUCCCAGAGUAUCGACUACUCCGACAUGGACAGCGACGAGACGAUGACCGACAACGUCAAGGCCUACGGGCACUCGCUGUUCUGCCCGCUGUUCCUGGACUCGCUUCAUAAUUACCUGUGCCACUAUGAGCACCAGGCGUCGCUGGGCGAGCCAUGUGCUCCGAUGUCGGACCCCAUCUCCGCCGAAUGGUCGUGCUUGUGCAACAUUGACGACGGCUACGAUGGAGACGACGAACUACCUACGUCUUCCAAGCGCGACGAGCACGACCAGCGGCCCCACUACUACGAGAUAAAGGAUGGACAGGACGAUAACGAGCCCGACCUUUACGAGGAGUGGGAGCGCGAGAGUGAGAUGGACGCGUCCGAGGAGUUGGCGAGCGACAGCGACGCGUGUGAUGACGACCUGAUCGCCGACGUGCGCGCCAGCCGCAGCCGCAGCCGCAGCGGCUCGAGCGGCUACAUGACCGGCCAGCGUGUUCAGAAGAAGAGAAGGGGGUUCAAAGUGCGCGGCGGUGUGCUGCAGGAGGUCGAGCUGCGUCGCUCAUCGAUCUAA